AUGGAUGGGGAUCUCAGCCUAUCCCAAGCCUUGGGAGGCCUACGGAUUGCAAACCCGGACGAUUCGUCGUUACAUUCUUCCGAGGAUGCGACCACUCCCGCCCCGACUGCUGCUUCUGAACCACCAGCAGAUUCCGAAUCUACGCGCGAAUCGACUCGGUCCGAACAACUAGACGAUCAUCUGUCGACAACACCACCCCAGCCGUCGAUACCACCUUCCACGGAAUAUCUUCACGAUGCCCCAGCUACAACUGAGCCGUUGGCUAAGCCAGUUGAGAAUCCAAGUUCAACAUAUCUUCCUCAGACCGAUUCACCGCAGCAAGCUGCCCAACAAUCUCCCGCCUAUAUUUCCCAACAACCAUACCCUCAACCAUCACAACAGAACCGCUCUUUGGGCUCCUCUCGUCCUUUGUCGGGCCUCUACGCGUAUGCGAAUGGGUCUACGUCGACAUUAGCGGCCCGGGAGGGUUCUUAUCGGAUUCGUACCGAUUCCGCUGCAUCGUCCGCCUCCGAAAGCCUGGCCCGGGCGGAAUCCCGUGGUGGUUCUGCAGCUUACCAGGCAGGAGUGCCAGUACGCGAUAAUAGCCACAGUGAUCGGUCAUAUAGGACAGCGCAGCUACCGAUAGGCAAUGGGCCCAUGGUGAUGCGCCAGCCGUCCCGUGCUCGCGCGCGUCCGUCGGGGGCUCCACAACUCGCUGGACCCCCGUAUGGGGUGGAAAAUGGCCAAUCCUCGAACGGCGAGGACUGGCAUGACCGAGGUGCCGCUGUUGCAGUGAGGCAAGAGAUUGAUGCCAACGGGAAGCCUGUUGCUCGUUACAUCAAAAAGGGCGUCCGCGACUUUUCGUUCGGAAGCACACUGGGGGAAGGCUCAUACAGCACUGUUGUGCUCGGGACAGAUCGUCAAACGCUCAAGGAAUACGCUAUCAAGAUUUUGGACAAGAGGCACAUCAUCAAAGAGAAGAAGGUGAAAUAUGUGAAUAUCGAGAAGGAUACCCUGAAUCGGCUUACCGAACAUCCUGGAAUCGUCCGACUUUAUUAUACCUUCCAAGAUGAACGCUCGUUGUAUUUUGUGUUGGAUCUUUGCAAGGGUGGUGAAUUGUUGGGAGUGCUGAAACGCAUGACCACUUUUGACGAAGAGUGCACGAGAUUCUAUGGGGCUCAGAUUCUAGACACUAUAGACUAUAUGCAUAGGCGUGGCGUUAUCCAUCGCGAUCUGAAGCCGGAGAACGUUCUUCUUGACAGCCAGAUGCACAUCAAAAUCACAGAUUUCGGUACAGCAAAGAUUCUCAAGGGCCAGCGCAAACCAGAUCCGAGCACGAGUGGGGUGCCACCAUUGGAGUCGACAGACAUCCCUGAAGAAGAGCGUGCAAGUUCCUUUGUUGGUACGGCUGAGUAUGUCAGCCCCGAACUAUUAACAGACAAGAAUGCGUGCAAGGCAAGUGACCUGUGGGCAUUUGGCUGCAUCAUCUAUCAACUCUUGGCUGGUCGCCCCCCUUUCAAAGCAGCGAACGAAUACCUGACUUUCCAAAAAAUCGUCGGACUCGAGUAUGAAUUUCCUCUCGGUUUCCCUGCUGUUGCCCGUGACCUCGUCGAGCGUCUUCUUGUAUUGGACCCGACUCGCCGGCUGCCAAUCGAACACAUCAAGAGCCACGAGUUCUUCCGGGGGAUGACCUGGGGCCCGGAUUUGUGGAAACAAAAAGCGCCUCGUCUCAAAGCUUAUGUUCCUCCACCUCGCGAACCGAUCAAAUUGAACGGAGCGGGUGAAGGGGACGCCUUCUCUGCGGGCGUCAACGCAGGACAAUCAAGUACCAACAAUGCCAAUCCUAGAGUAGUCCCCAGACUUGUCACGGAAUUGCCGCCUCCAAGCCAGCUCGAUAUUGAAUGGUCGCCGGUGCUUACUAAAAGCAAUGAAAGGAUAUUAAAACUGGGAAAUCUCUUGGUACUGUCUUCGCCAGCUGUGCAUAGCCCUUCCACCAAGAGUGGGAGUGGCGAGAGCGAAGCGCCGAAAAAGUUCUCCCGCUUCUUCGGGGGAAGCACAACGAAGAAGCGGCAGAGGCUGGUCAUGGUCACCUCCUCUGCACGUAUUAUCAUGGCUGCGGCUGGUGGAGAUGAGAAAAAGGCAAAGCUGGAGAUUUCUCUGCUAUCUCCAGGAACACACUGGCGCUCCUCAACGGAUUCGAAAGGUUUCUCUUGCUGGGUCGUUGACACGCGUGACAAACAUUACGUUUUCGAAGACCCUAAACCAUCAUCUAGCAACGCAGGCGCGACUGCUGCCAACUCGCAGGAAUGGGUCGAUUCUCUGGAUCGUGCACGAGAGAUGGCUUUAACUCAGCAAGCGAACGGAACAUACUCGGCUGACGAGGCUUUCCGUGACAUAUCGUCCGAGCUGUCGAGCCAUGCCAACACAUUGGACCGUAGCUCUGAGGUUCACCAUGAGAACCCACCUGGACGAGCCACUUUAGUUAAGCAUCAACCUUCAGAUUCGGAUUCCGUCAAGGGCAAAAAACGGUUCAGUAGACGCCAUUCAAAGAAUGGCCUGGCAGCCGUUUUCUAG